AUGAGUGAUGAUAAAUUGGUUUUGAAUCUCGUAUUUCAAGAUUCACAUUUGGAGAGUACAAGUAUUCGAUCAAAAAUAAAAGAAGUGCGUGGAGGCUGGAAGGAAAAAAACAGAGUCCGCAAGUCAUUGAAAAAGAACGUCACAAGUUCUCACCAGGUCGAUAGUGUGAAAGCAGAGAACAAACAAUCAGAAAAAUCAAAGUUUAAAAAGGAUACCAUUAUCGAUGGUAUACAGCAGCGAAAUGGUGGAACAAGUUUGCGUAUCAAGGAAAACACGGGAACAAUCGGAAAAACUCAAGUCAUAUCAUCAAUAUUCACAUAUAACCCAGAGAUAGUGGAUAUUGGCCAGGAUGCAAGCGCAUCAAAGCAAACUCACGAUCAACCGAGUAAUGCACCUGUAAAGGGAGAUUCGACAUUCUUCAGCAUGGGGUUGAAUCACGAUUUGGUUUCCAAUAUGAAAGAAAAGCUCGGUAUUGCGGAUCCAACCAAUAUACAACGAAGGGCAAUCCCCAUUCUAAACGAUGGCGAUUCCGAUGUGGUUAUACAAGCUGAAACGGGAUCUGGUAAAACUUUGACGUAUCUGCUUCCAGUUGUAAAUCGUUUAAUGUGUGCUACUAUAGAGAUUCAAAGCAUCGGAGAGAGAACAUUACCUAUUUCUAGGUCAGUCGGAACACUUGCCAUUAUUUUGACACCAACACGAGAAUUGGCGAAGCAAAUUCUAGCGGUCAUAAAUUCAUUGGUCGACAUACCCCCAUCAAAACUUUGCACACGUCACCUCAAACACUGGAUAGUUCCUGGGUCAGUAACAGGGGGUGAGAAGAGACACUCCGAAAAAGCAAGACUUCGCAAGGGCAUAAACAUUCUGGUUAGCACUCCUGGUAGAUUACUGGAUCACCUUCAAAACACCGAAUCAUUUCUAGUGAAAAAUUUACGUUGGUUAGUACUUGAUGAGGCAGAUCGUCUCUUGGAAAUGGGGUUCGAAGAAACCCUCCGGUCAAUAUUGAAAGUGCUCGAGGAAAGAACCAAGGAUGAUAUUCAGAAUUAUUCAAAGAAUCAACUUUUCACAUCGCCCAAAUUACCGCGGAAGAGACAGACCAUUCUUUGCUCAGCCACAUUGAGAGAUGGUGUUCAGCGUUUAGCCGGGCAUAGUUUGAUCAAUCCAACUUUCAUAAGAGGAAACGAUCCUUGCGAGAAGGAUGUUGACCCCAGAAAUUCAAAUUAUACAACUCCCAACCAAUUGAAGCAAGCUUACGUGAUAACACCGGCAAAAUUACGCCUGGUGACCUUAACGGCGAUACUGAAAUCCACUUUCCGUGCGAAAACUUCAAAAGAUCAAAAGAUCAUCGUAUUCUUGUCGUGCCGAGACUCUGUCGAUUUUCAUUUCGACUUGUUUUGCCAUUCUGGGAAAAUUAGAAAAGAAGAGACAGAUGAAUCAGACGAUAAGGAAUCGAUUAACUCGGGAGCUCCAGAUGAAGAAUUGUCAAAAGGUUCAAGUGACACGAGCACGAUGAUUCCCGAGACAACGAUUUAUAAAUUGCAUGGAGACUUGUCACAAAGUGUUCGCACGGAAAUAUUCAAUAAUUUUAGCGAAGCAGAAGCCGGCAUAUUAUUUUGCACGGACGUCGCAGCUAGAGGCCUCGACCUUCCUGAUGUCUCGAAAAUCAUUCAAUACGAUCCUCCAACUGACUUGAAGGACUAUGUUCAUCGCGUGGGAAGAACAGCGAGGUUGGGUAAGAGAGGUGAAGCGAUAAUAUUUUUAUUGCCAAGCGAGAUCGAAUACAUUCAUGCUUUAAAGUCAUUUCAAAUUCACGCUGAACCGGUUCAAGUGGAAACUUUGUUAAAAGGCUUGACUCAUGAAAGUAAAAGUAAGAGUUAUGAACUCGAGGCGACGGAUAUUCAGCUGAAAUUCGAAGGGCACGUUCUUUCAAAUCCAAAGAGCACCGAAGUAGCUCGAAAAGCUUUUCUAUCGUACAUUAGAGCGUACGCUACACAUUCGUCUUCGGAAAAACACAUCUUCCAUGUCAAGAAGUUGCAUCUCGGUCAUAUAGCUAAAAGUUUUGGGCUUCGAGAGACACCAUCGGACAUCCAUCCUCAUCCCGAUGAGAACAUAAUCAACAAUAUUACUUUAGAGAUCGAGAACUUCAACUAUUCUACAAAUAUAGUUCCGGAACUCGAAUACUCUUUAAAAUAUAUUUGUGAUGAUAUGGAUUGUCAAAUGGGAAUAAGAUAUACCGAAAUCCAAAAAGGAAAUCCUUUUGAAAAUCCCGGAUGGAAGGGAUUAGAGGAGAGGAUAGAUUCCAUGUCAUGCAGGGUCGUUCCACCGGACCAACGAGAGAUACUUGAUGCUACUCCAGGUCUGAUUUUCAAUUCUCGUCGUCUCCUCCCAUUCAAAGAAAUUCAAAAGCCCGAUCGCGAUGAGUCCACGGUGACGGAUGAUGAAUCUAGCGUGACGAUAUCGUCUCCGGACUCUACGGAAUGCGCGAUGGAACCUUCUGGAGAGCGCGUCGUGGAGUCGGAUGAAGAAUUGUCAACGAAUGUCACGAAUGAACAGCUGCAGAUGAUCAGGAAAGGUUCAUUGAAACGAAAAUAUGAGAGGGGAGACAAACGACAGAAAAGGAAAAAAUUCUUUGGGAACGAUUAA